AUGAUCAGUGCGAAGAGACUUGUUCAAAUGGCAAGGAAGUGGCAAAGAAUGGCGGCCCUCGCAACGAAGAGGCUCACGUCGACACCGGCUACAGAGACUGACGGAUCAUCAUGCAGCAUGUCAUCGGUGGCCGGCAAGGGCCAUUGUGUGGUGUAUUCAGCUGACGGCAGGCGGUUUGAGGUCCCGCUGGCAUACCUCGGCACGACGGUCUUCGUAGAACUCCUGAGCAUGUCGCAGGAGGAGUUCGGGUUUGCAGGCGACGACGGCAGGAUCACACUGCCUUGCGAUGCUGCGGUGAUGGAGUAUGUGAUGUGCUUGCUUAGGAGAGAGGCCUCUGAAGAGGUCGAAAGGGCGUUCCUGAGCUCCAUGGCGAAGUCUUGCCACUAUGGAAAUAGCUUGACGCAGCCCAUGGGAGUCGCUGUUACUAGCUUUUGA